CUGGCGACAUCCAUGUCAAUCGAAAAGCGGCAGACUCCAGCAGUCCAGGACCACAAGGCCCGCGCUGUCCCAGAGGCUGCAGACGCGGCUGGCAAAGUACUUCCCCCUCAGCCGACGUCGUUGAUUGCGCAUGUGCUGAUCAACUAUCGCUGGGUGUUUGUGUGCUUUUUCCUCUUGCCGUUGUCAUUCGUGUACGAUAUUUUGUACUACCUGCGCAACCGAGUGAUUUUUUAUGCCAACUCUGCGCCAAACAAGCACGCCGAACGGGUCCGUGCAGUCCAAGAGCAGGUGCUGAAGUGGAACAAGGACGGGCGGAAGACACCCAUGUGCACGGCUCGUCCAGGAUGGCAGAACAUUUCAUAUCGGCGCGGGUUGUACAAGAAGACACUGUCGAACAUCAAAAUCAACAUGAUGGACGUGUUGAAAGUCGAUACCACGGGCAAGUCAGUGUGGGUGGAGCCACUUGUGACGAUGGGACAGCUCUCUGCGACCCUGAGCCCCCUGGGCUGGUGCCUUGCGAUUGUGCCCGAGUUGGACGACUUGACAGUUGGUGGGUUGGUCAUGGGCACCGGCAUCGAAACGUCGUCACAUCGAUACGGCCUCUUCCAGCACAUUUGCACGUCGUACGAACUCGUGCUUGCCGAUGGAUCCACUGUCAUUUGCUCCAAGGACGUCCACGCCGACUUGUUCUACUCGAUCCCGUGGUCGUAUGGCACGCUGGGGUUUCUCACCGCCGUGGAGAUUCAGAUCGUCCCCACCAAGCCGUUUGUCAAGUUGAACUACCACCCCGUCAGCUCGGUCAAAGAGGCAUGCGAUGUACUUGAAACCGCAGCCAAGGACACCGAGGCCAAUCACUUCGUGGAGGCGCUCAUGUUUAAUUUGGACAAAGGGGUGGUGAUGACUGGGACGAUGGUGGCGCACGCCGAAAGCACCAAGCUCAACGAAAUUGGCCGAUGGUACAAGCCGUGGUUCUUCAAGCACGUCGAGGCCAAGUUCGACACCCCUGAGACAGAGUUUAUGCCGCUGCGAGACUACUUUCACCGACACUCGCGCAGCAUUUUUUGGGAGAUUCAAGACAUCAUUCCGUUUGGCAAUAGCACGUGGUUUCGGUACUUGCUCGGGUGGCUUGUGCCGCCCAAGGUGUCGCUGCUCAAGCUCACGCAAAGCGACGCUAUCAAAGAACUGUACGACAACCACCACUUUAUCCAGGACAUGCUCGUGCCCAUGUCAUGCCUCCACGACGCCCUCCACUUGUUUCAUCAAGAAGUCCACGUAUAUCCGUUGUGGCUGUGUCCGUUUGUGUUGCCGUCGAGACGGGGCAUGCUAAACACGGACAACAAGGGCCAAGGGAGGACUUCGCUGUUUGUCGACAUUGGCGCGUACGGCGUUCCUAGCGUGGCCAACUUCCAUCCAGUGCACACCACGCGCCGCAUCGAAGCGUUUGUCCGCAACCACCAUGGGUACGUUGUACCAGCCAGUUCAAUAUAACACUAACUACUCUUUCCAUCUCAUGUAUAAAACACUAUCGUACUAGGUUCCAAAUGAUGUACGCGGAUUCGUACAUGAGUGAAACCGAGUUUGAAGCCAUGUUUGACCAUUCCCUGUACGAUCAAAUGCGGGCCAAGUACGACUGUGCCGGCGCGUUCCCGCGGGUGUUUGGCAAAGUGUCGCGGGCUGUGCGUGAUUAGGCGAUUGUAAAGGCUAAUUACAUAUACUAAAAAUAGGCAGUCGGAAUAGUACCCGACUCUUGUUGUUAUAUUU